AUGACGAUUCUUGGGGAAAUAGUGGACCUCCACCAUGCCAGGAAUCGUCCCAAGUUUGGUGUGAGGCAGGCUGGUGCUGAGGGUACCGGUUCCUUUGGCGGAGGCUACGAUGAGCUGGUACAGCAGAUCACCCAGCAGUUGGAUACGUAUUCGCGCAGCCUGCAGGAGUUUGAAUCGGCCAACAGUUCGGCGAUCAAGGAACGGACUGAAGGCGGGAUUAGUGAGGAGGGGCCCAAAGAGGGGAAUAAGCAGCUUUCGGAGGCCGACAUCCAGCUGAAGAUUGUUGUGUCAUACGGGACUCACGUAAUGCAUGUACUCCACAUCCUCCUCUCUGGCAAGUGGGAUCCUAUCAGCAUGCUUGACGAUGACGACCUCUGGAUCUCUUCGCAAUCAUUUAUCAGCUCCACCGCACAUGCUGUUUCGGCCGCUGAAGCUAUCAGCAACAUUCUCGAGUACGACCCGGACCUAAGCUUCAUCCCGUACUUCUUUGGGAUUUACCUGCUGCAGGGUAGCUUUUUGCUGCUCCUGAUCGCCGAUAAGCUGCAGGGUGAGGCGUCGGGUGCUGUCGUCACUGCUUGUGAAACAAUCGUUAGGGCGCAUGAAGUUUGUGUGGUAACACUAAAUACAGAGUAUCAGAGAAACUUCCGAAAGGUCAUGCGAAGCGCAUUAAGUCAGGUGCGCGGCAGAGGCGCACCAGAGGAUAUGGAGGAGCAGAAGCAGAAGAGGCGGGAGGUGCUACAGCUUUACAGAUGGUGCGGAGAUGGAACCGGACUCGCGCUUUGA